AUGCGACACUAUAAACUGGUUUUGUUUGUAGUUAACGCUGCAGAAUCAGACAAGAGAGAUUUGAUGACGGAACUUGACACAAUGAAGCAGCUAAAACCACAUCCCCACGUCAUCAAACUUCUGGGAUGUGUUACAGAAUCUGAGCCGCUGCUGGUGUUAAUAGAAUAUGUUCCUUUUGGAGACCUGCUGGGUUACUUGAGAAAGAGCCGUGGAUUAAAUGACACUUACUACAAAGACCCGGAUAUAAAACCACAAACAAACUUGAGGUCACAACAACUGAUGAAGUUCGCUUGGCAAUUCGCUGAUGGAAUGAGUUACUUGUCGUCGAAAUCUAUCAUCCACCGAGACCUCGCAGCUCGUAAUGUGUUGGUCGGGGAGGAUGAAACAUGUAAAGUUACAGAUUUUGGAAUGGCAAGAAAUGUGCAAGAGGAAAAUAUCUAUGAGAGAAGGACAAAGGGUCGUCUUCCAGUAAAGUGGACUGCAUAUGAGGCGCUGUUAUAUGGAAAAUAUACAACCAAAAGUGAUGUGUAAGUCUUGUGAA